AUGCGUGUUGCGCUGCGACCACGCAGUGGCUGCCUUCUGUUAUGUCUGGGCCUGUCUGCCUUCACAUUGCUGCUGCAGAACCUCUGGGUACCUCAAGAAAUGUCCACAUAUGAACCUGCUGGGAGGUCACCUGCGGAGGAUCAGGGUCAGCAGGGUUUGGGCUUACGCGGGCUGACCCUUCGUUUGGAGGCUCUUAGUAAUCACGUGGAGAGGUUGAGCCGAGAGCAAAACAUGAAAAAGACCCCAGAGGAUCUUCAUCUGCUUCUACAGAGUUUUAGGCAGGACCAGCAAGCCUUGGCCCGCUUGGUCAAAAAGGAGCUGGAGAAAGUGAGCCGUAGGCUGGACCAGUUUAACCAUUCUAACCUGCCUCACAUAUCUACCACACGUGAGAAUCAUGGGACAAAUGCAGGACCCACAGAGAGGUGUGUGGUGCCAGUGGACACUGCAUAUCCAGUGUGUGCAGAGAAAGUUGAGUUCCUGCAGGCCAAGUGGCAGUCAGACCCCUGCUACGCCUUCUAUGGUGUGGAUGGCACCACAUGCUCCGUAUUGACUUACCUCAGCCAAAUAGAGACCUUUUGCCCUCCUCUACCUGGCCACAAGCGCCCUGCUCCCCCAUGGCGUCAGAAACCUCCGCUCUAUACAAAGAAGGCUGAGCUACGUUCCACGCUGAGUCUGCUUUACGAGGCCAUCAGCAACAGCAGCGGUCCUGCAGUCACGUUCAUGCGGUCCAGAGUGGAAAUGAUGUCAGAGCGCUGGGAACAGGCGGCUGUCGUGAUGAGGCUGCACAACAAGACGCAUGCAUCUCAGAUGAAGGUGCUGCUUUAUCCUGGUGCCCUUGCUGGGGAUGCAGGCCAACGUUUCCAAGCCAUGGUGGAAAGAGGGGGUCCUCUUGGAGAGUUGGUUCAAUGGGCAGAUCUCAGCGCAUGUUUGACCAUCCUGGGUCACAAUGUGACCCUCAGCGACUCGCAGCAUCACCUCCACAACCUGAUAGGUGCCGCUCCGGGCCGAGGCAGCUGUCCCAUCAAGGGGCCACUGACCUUUGACCUCAUCUAUACCGACUACCACGGCCUCGCUCACCUUCGAGGAGCCAUGGGACUGGCUUUCCAGCAUUACCAGUGUCGCUUCAGAAUCCUGGAUUCGUUUGGCACUGAGCCGGCCUUUAACUUGGGAAGUUAUGCACGAAGUCAAGGCUAUAAGACACUGUGGGGCAGCUGGGGCCUCCACCCUUUGCAGUACAUGACCAUGUUCCCACAUACGCCUGAUAAUUCCUUCCUGGGCUUUGUCAGUGAGGAGGCAGCAAGGGCGCAGGAAUCUGACCUCACUAGGAAGGAGAAGAUGGCAGUCAUCUAUGGCAAACAGGAGUACAUGUGGCAGGGAAAAUCUGAAUAUGUACAGGUGAUUAGUGAAGAGAUGCAGACCCAUGCUACCGUCUACCUGCCUCCAGGACAUGUCUCCACCUUGCCCAGCUCUGUGAUUAACCACGGCCUGCUCUCUCAGCAACACUUCCUGCGACUCCUCCGCAGGGCAAAGGUGUUUGUAGGUCUCGGUUUCCCCUACGAGGGUCCUGCUCCCAUCGAGGCCAUCGCUCUGGGCUGCGUUUUCCUCCAACCGCGUCUAUAUCCGCCUCACUCUUCGGACAAGAACGAAUUCUACAAAGGCAAACCCACAACAAGACAGAUCUCCUCUCAGCACCCGUAUGCUGAAGAUUUCAUUGGUAAACCUCACGUAUGGACGGUGGAUGCCACUAACAAGACCCAAGUGCGGGAAGCCGUCAGGGAACUUCUCCGGACAGAGGUGAAGCCUCUAACGCCAAGAGAGUUCUCUUGUGAGGGAAUGUUGGAGCGGCUUCAUCAUUAUAUCACUCAGCAGAGUUUCUGCACGGCAUCUGUCACCACGUGGCUGCCAGAAAGUGCUCUAAGGGUGCACCUGGGUCCCCUCGGUCAGUCGUGUGUAAGUGUGUGUGCACGGUCCACCCUGGUGUGUGAGCCCUCGCUCUUUCAACGCCUCAACAACCCUGAAGUGUUCACCAGGCUCGGAAUCGGUUGUUCUGGCACGAUGGAGGAAGUCAACCACAUAUUUCCCGCCUACACGCCCUGGGGUCGACACUGUCGCCUUCAGCAGGAACCGCUGCUGUUCAGCUGUGCCGGGUCUGACCCUUCCCACCGCCGCCUUUGCCCGUGCAGAGCUUAUCGACCCGGGCAGGUGGCACUCAGCCCCGAGGACGCGCCGGCAAUGAAAGUGGUUUGA